AUGCCUGAUGGUGUUGACUUUACGCAGGUUGGCCUGAGUCGGAAUUCUCAUAUUCCUGCUUGUACCGAAUGUCGAGCCCGAAAAGCGAAGUGCACCAAGACUCGGCCGUCGUGUGCACACUGUAGAACUCUUAACAAGCCCUGUGUGUAUCCAGAAAAGGUGAAGAGAUCGCCUUUGACUCGGCAACACCUCACCGCAGUCGAAAGCAGAUUGGAAGUGCUUGAAGCGGCACUGGGGAAGCUGUUUCCCGGCGGUGCCACGGAGACCAUAAUCCGUUCGUUGCUGAGCGACUCACCGGAUUUCGAUGCUUCUUCUCAGCCGAGCACAGAACCUGCCUCCGUUACCAAUGUGCCUGUCGAUUUGACAAUUCAAAAUGAACCAUCUCUAGAUUCCCAGCAGAAAGAUGAUUUGGCCGAUAUUGAGAUGAGAGAAUCUCAGGGCUCCUUGGAUGUUCACAGUUUGGACCCACAGCCGAGUGAUCUCCCGCCUUCGAUGACAGACAUAGAUGAGACUAGGCUGAUUCGAGCGUAUUUUGAGCAUUAUCAUACCAUCUUCCCGUUCAUCCAUGAAACAACAUUCAUGAAACAACAUGAAACCGGGAGCCUUGUUCCCCAAGACCGCGAAUGGGAGAUUCUCCGCGAUAUGGUAUUGGCAGUCGGAUCAUGGUGCCUCCAGGACAAUGACUACUUAAGCAACGGUCACAUCUUUGCUCAGCGAGCAAAGAAGAGGUUGGACCAGUUAUCUAUUCUUGGUCAAUCUUCGAUUAGCCUAGUUCAGGCUCUACUACUAAUGAAUCACUACCACGAAAAGUAUGGCCAGCCGAAAGAUAGCUGGACGUUUCUCGGCCUUGCAACACGGAUGUCGAUCGGCUUGGGGCUCCACCAACAGUUAACAUAUUCUCGUGAUGAUAUUUCCCCCUUGGUUAAAGAGAUUUGGCGACGGGUUUGGUGGAGCGUUUAUUGCUUUGAUAGUUGCUCAUCAAAGAUCCAUGGUCUACCCAUUCUGUUGCCGGAGGAUAAACUGAUUACUGUCAAGCCUGUAUCGAAUAUAGCUGAUGAGGACCUGACAGAGGCAACUCGGCUCCAUCCAAAUGAGCGUGACAAUUGGACAAUAUAUACCGGAUUGAUUUUGCAGUCUAGCUAUCACCGGAUGGCAAACAGCAUUAACAAUAGGAUACUGUCUACCGAUCAAAUAACGCUCUUUGAUAUGAAUACAUACGAACAAAUGAUUAACGAUUGGCAUAACAACCUCACCCUCUGCACGCAACAUACCAAGGUGGAUGAGCUGCCUGUCUGGGCUCGGUAUGCACGCGAUCGGCAAAUGCUGUGUGAUCGGAGCCUCCGACUUCUCAUUCAUCGCCCAGCACUUCUGGACUGGCUGAGAAGGAAGCAGAUAUCUCGUGGCCAGGCUAUCCUGGGGGAGGAACCAAGCGAGCGACAAUGCCGCACUAGUGGUCUAAACCUGGCUCGUGGUACCAUAAAGCUUACUUCACGGCUGAUUCAAGAGCAUCAGUAUUCCAAUGUUACUCUUCCUUUUAUCCUAUAUGCUCUUCUGCACGCCGUCCUCGUUCCUAUUAUCCAUCUGAAGGCUGAUCAGUCUGUUCCCGAGUCUAUAACAUGGCUUCAAGACAUUGACGAGGCCAAGCAAACGCUGUCCUUCGUUUCAGUUCAGCACGACGCCUUGGCAACUCAUUUUCUUGUCAUUCUCAACCGCAUCACUCCGUCUUCUUUUAUAGUCACUGACGAGAACGAGAACCGCAACUCAGACCCGCUACAGCCCAGUGACCUCCAGCCUGCGCCGACGGGCAUAUUUGGUAACAGUGAGCUCGGAUUGUUAGACCCUACCAUCGAGGGGCCUACAUCCCGCUUGGCCUUCUCGGAUUGGAUAAACAGUAUGCCAUAG